AUGGGUGGUGUUACCGUUCGCGAUGUGGACGCGCAGAAGUUCAUUGCUGCCUACUCCGCUUUCCUGAAGCGUCAGGGAAAGCUCCCCAUCCCCGGCUGGGUCGACACUGUCAAGACCUCCGCCUCCAACGAGCUUCCCCCCCAGGACGCUGAUUGGUUCUACGUCCGCGCCGCCGCUGUCGCCCGUCACAUCUACAUGCGCAAGACCGUCGGUGUCGGCCGUCUCCGCAAGGUCCACGGUUCCACCAAGAACCGCGGCUCCCGCCCCGGCCACCACGUUGACGCCUCCGGUUCCGUUGACCGCAAGGCUCUCCAGGCCCUCGAGAAGAUCGGUGUCCUUGAGCACGAUGAGGACAAGGGUGGCCGUCGCAUCACUCAGUCCGGCCAGCGUGAUCUUGACCGUAUCGCCAAGACCACCGUUGACGAGGAGGAGUCUGAUGAGGAGUAA